GAGCAAGAAAGGAGCUUAUUAAGGGUUAAUUAGUCGCUAAUUAGAUUUAAUUAGGUUAAUUAGAGGUUAAAUUAUUUAAGUAAGUGAGUAGGGGUGAAUGAUUAACAGAGGAGUGAUGAUCCUCUCCAAUGAUUACACCAAGGGUUGGGGGUGUUUAGAGAUUUCAUCCCAAACUUAUCCUCUCCUCAUAGUGUAAAUAGGAGUAAUGGAUAUCCAAUGCAUUGGAGAGUAACCUCACUUCUAACAUAGUUGACUGUCGUUAGUCAUUAAGAUUAUUAUGAUUAUUUAUAGAAAACUUGGGAAUAUUUUGUAAAUAUUGAAAACAUCAAAGAUAUUCGGUGAAUAAGUUGAGAACUCGAGGGAUUGUGGUAAAAAAAAAUUCCGACUUUUAUGAGUCAGAUCGGACCAUUCCAAUUGCCCUUUACGAUAUCGUUCUGUGUAACAUGUGGAGCUCAUAAGAUUUUGAGUUUGACACUGUAAUGUGGACCAUAAUUCGAGUUAUUCUGAGUUCAAAACUCUUCUCUCAUUGCCAUCACUUCCCCUAUUCCACCAAAACCCAGGAAAACCUGCAUAAUAACAAAUUGCAACUCCAACUGACUCCAUGGAACUCACACUUUUCUCUCACCACCAUUCCCAUUUCACCCAUAAAUCCACCCUUUUUCCUUCUUCAAAUAAGAUACCCAGUUGUAGAAAUGUAACAGUAUUAUGUUGCAGUUGUUCAUCAAAUCAUACUGCUAAACCAAUAACAUUAUCAUUGGCUACUGAUGGGAGAAGGGCAUUCAUGAAUUGUUUUCUCAUUGCAGCUGCUGGGUUGUGUAUUGCUGAUGUGGCUGGGGCUGUCAGCACAAGCAGAAGAGCUCUCAGAGGAGCAAAAAUACCUGAGAGCGAAUUUACAACGCUUUCCAAUGGUCUAAAGUAUUAUGACUUGAAGGUUGGAGGCGGGGCACAAGCUGUAAAGGGAUCUCGUGUAGCAGUGCAUUAUGUUGCUAAAUGGAAGGGCAUCACUUUUAUGACUAGUAGGCAAGGGAUGGGAGUUGGUGGUGGAACGCCUUACGGCUUUGAUAUUGGCCAGUCAGAACGGGGCACAGUUCUUAAGGGUUUAGAUCUUGGUGUUGAAGGCAUGAAAGUGGGCGGCCAGCGAUUGUUGAUAGUUCCUCCUCAACUAGCAUAUGGAAGCAAAGGAGUCCAAGAAAUCCCUCCAAAUGCCACGAUAGAGCUGGAUGUGGAACUAUUAUCCAUCAAGCAAAGUCCAUUUGGGUCUCCAGUAAAGCUUGUGGAAGGAUGAAUUGGUUCAUCACUUCAUUGGUAUCUGCAAUAUCUUAGUUGCUGUGGUAGAAAAAGUAAAAGUAUCACAUAUAUUCUUUCUUGUAGAUGAAGAAUCUUCUCAACUUUAUCCAUUUGUUGUAAAUUUAUAGUUCGACAUUCUGAAUAUACAUCUGCAGAAAUAACUGUACAAGUAGGGAAUAUUUGUUUAUAUUCUAAGUUCGAAAUUUUCCUAUA